ACAAUCGGGACGUAAAUGUGUACUUCGUCUGCGCAUGUUCCGGCGUACAGACUGGAGAAUCGUCCAAAGUAAACGUUGGAGGAAGGAAAUCCUAGUGACAUAUAUCGACAUUUCAGAGACACACAUUAGCUGUCAGCGUCGUUAAAUAAUUUCAAAAUGGCUACUGAGCUAGAUCAGAUGAAGGGAUUCACCAUUAUUGUGGCAGACACAGGCGAUUUUGAAGCUAUUGGAAAGUACAAGCCAACAGAUGCCACCACUAACCCUUCCCUGAUAUACGCUGCCUCGAACAUGGAUGCAUAUCAAGAUCUAGUGCAAGAAGCAAUAGAAAAUGCCAAGAAUAAAGGAGGAUCAUUUGAUGAACAACUAACAAAUGCAGUAGAUAAUGUCUAUGUUAAAUUUGGUUGCGAAAUUCUGAAGAUUAUCCCUGGUCGUGUGUCAACAGAGGUAGAUGCAAGAAUGUCGUUUGACAAGGAUGCCAUGAUCAAGAAGGCAUUGAAACUGAUAGAAUUAUAUGCAGCAGAAGGCAUCGGCAAAGAAAGGAUUCUUAUCAAACUUUCAUCUACCUGGGAAGGAGUGGAGGCAGCUAGGGUUUUGGAAAAGGAUCAUGGUAUUCAUUGUAAUAUGACUCUUCUGUUUAACUUCCAUCAGGCAGUUGCAUGUGCAGAGGCAAAGGUGACUUUGAUCUCACCAUUUGUUGGUCGUAUCUAUGACUGGUAUGUUAAGAACACUGACCAAAAGUCCUACACCAUGCUAGAGGACCCAGGAGUGAUAAGUGUGACAAAGAUUUACAAUUACUACAAGAAGUUUGGUCACAAGACAGUGGUGAUGGGUGCUUCCUUCCGAAACACUGACCAGAUCAAGGGUCUUGCCGGCUGUGAUCUGCUCACCAUUUCGCCUACCUUGCUUCAGAAACUCUCGGACUCCAGUGAGGCAGUUAAGCAGCAGCUAGCAGAGAAGAAAGCCAAACUGCAAGACAUUGAGAAGGUAGAAGUAAACGAAAACAUUUUCCGAUACGAAAUGAAUGAGGAUGCCAUGGCAACAGAAAAACUUGCAGAGGGCAUACGGAAAUUUGCAGCUGACGCUGUUAAAUUGGAAAAGGAAUUCAAAAAGAGGUUGCAGAGUUAAAUUUUGUCAUCUUAAAGUUUGGCGAGAUGUGCAUUUUCUAUAUCGUCAUGAAAUGAAGUUCAGAUUGGCAUGUGAAGAAGAGAAUGCAGAAGCUCAGCUGAUUUAUUAUUGACACGUUGUAGUGGUAGUUCAGUCAAGUCCAUACUCAGAUCUUAAUAUUGCUUCACCAUAUCUAUAUAUAAAUCUGUCAAUAUAUAUACCUUGGUUUUUUUCUUGGACUAGAAAGUAAAAUUAUGUAAAAACCUAAACAUGUACUGAAAAAAAGAUCUCUUAACAAACUGUACAAAUGACCUUAGCUGUUAUCCUAGCUGUUGAUGGGAAGUUAUGCCCUAUAAAACCAAACCCAAAUAUAACUUCUGGUUAAACCAAGACGUCAAGUUUUUGUAUGGUUUUUGUUAUGAAGAUAUUUUUAUCUAUAUAUCAUGCUGUAUAACAAUGGGUACAUGUACUGCCCUUUUCAUUAUCACCCUUCUCCUCCUGGCACAGGGUCCUGAUAUGGCAAAGUGAUCACAAUGAAGUUGUAUUCUAAACCAAGCACUGUUCACAAAUUAAUGUGUACAUAGGAUUCUUGUCAAUAAUUUUGAAAUUAGGUUGUUCUAAAAUCGACUUAUAUUUCUGAUAUAUUUCUGACAGAUUAUAGUGCUAGAAUUAUAGAGAUUUCUAUGAUAAUUGUUACAGUUUGUUAUUGGUUGCCAGAUAUAACCAUUAUGUACAUAUACGUUUAGAUACCCAGGUAGAUAAUCAUGUGAAACUGUUGGUUUCUAUAUAAUUUACUUGAUGUAAUAUCACAAUGUUUAUACAUUUAUUGUCUUCGGAGUGCCUUUUCAUGCAACACCAUGUAAAACUACACUGCCAUCAUUUGUCUGUAUUGUUAUAUAUAAUUGGUGUUCAUGUCAUCUUCAGACACUGCCAUUCAUACAUAUUGGCUUGUAUAUUUGUAUGAAAAAUAUCCACCUAUAUAUAUAUAUUGGAAUCUUGUUGAUCAUUAUUGACAAUUUCUGAAUUAAGAAAAACAUUUCCACAUUAAUUUAUUGAUGCAGAUAUUACAUCAAUUUGUAUUUUAUUUGGUGGAAGUUAAAAGUAUCUGAACUUUUGAUUGAGUUAUCAAGUUAAAACCAAUUAAUUAACCAAGUGUCACCGGAUCAAUGUGUUAAGACUAAUGUUUUAUGAGGUUUCACUGUACACAAACCCAAAAUGUUGAAACUUAAUAUAAAAGAAAAUACAUUUUGUAUUUGUCCCAUUUAUCAAGGUUUACUUAAAAUUUAAGCUAUACAGUUCAAACCUGCAAUGAAAUCCCUUUAUCUGAACACCUGUAUAAACGUACCUUCAAGUAGGCCCAAGUGUAUACAUUUCUUAUAUAAUUUGUUCUCAAAACAGGCUGUUUAUUCUGAAAACAGUUAUUCGUCUACUUACUGAUUGGAAUUAGACAAGCUUCAUUACAUGUGUAACCUUCACAUUUAUAUUGUUCUAAAACUUUGUUAAAGUAAUACUAAUAUAUACAAAUGUAUAUAUAUGUUGCCUUUAACAAAUUAAACUUCAUUAGAUGACACAUGUGGAGAAGUCAUGUUUCAAGGCCCCGUUUUUUUCCUCUUCUUAGUUUGAGUUUAGAUUUUUCCCCUAGCUUACCAGGUAAGCAACAUUUCCCUUUGAGGGAAAAGAAGAAAAUGUUAUAGACGUCUUGUAUUAAAAAAAACCACGAAGCCGAAUAAAUCUGAAUUACUUAUUAUCUCUUAUUUUCACUGGAAUUAAUUUGUCAUUCCAGCUGUAUGUUUUGUACUAUUGGUGAGAAUCCUCGGUUGAAACAGGUGGAGUUUGUGAAAUAAGAAAUGUUUUAGCAUUAUUUAAUCAGAGUAAUAUAAUGUAAUAUGUAUGCUAUCAUGUCUGAGAACGGAGUGAUAUUUGAUUGUAGACAGCAGGUGUAAAACAACUUAGAUCCAUUUCCUAUGAAAUUGUAUCAUAUAUUAAAAUUAGUCCUAUGCAAUGAUUUAUCCAUUGAAUUUGUCUUAAUUUUUACAAUGCCUAAGUGUUUUGUUAAAACCUUAAUCUGAAGAAAGGCUGACAUUAUUGAAUAUCCAAAAUCACACUUUUUGCAACCAAAUACAAAUUUGAAUAUGAUGACUUUUGUUCAAUUAGAAAUCCAAGGUUUCGGAAGUAAUUUUGAUUAAUACAAAACUUUUGAUUGAUACAAAUUAUUGCUGCUAUUGUCAUAUUUUUAUCAUGGUGAUAUAUCCUGUGAAUCCUGAAAGCUCUUGGAGCCACUUUCCACAGGAUUGUGUUGUCAUUGUGCUUAUCUAUUAAAUUUUUAUAGUAAAGCAAAAUGCUUUUACCCGUAUGAAUGUUCUAUAUCCUAUAAAUUAUAUAUCUUUAUUUUGAUAAAAAAAACCACCAUUUAACAUCUUGUAAAUAAAAUAAGUUGAAACACCUUUGAAAUAGAUCAUGUUUAAAGUUUAUAUUGA